GUCAUUAUUGAUCCUAAUUUCUUAUAUCCACAUUAUAAAGGAUUGAAUAAUAAUAUAAGACAAAUAGUAUCUAAUAUAGCAAAUAGAUAUUUAAAAGGCGAAUCACUACUGAUUACUUUUACCAAUAAAUUGAACUACAGAAUCAAAGAUGAUGUAACAGCUAUAUUUAGUAUAAUUCAUUGUGAAGAUAUAUGGGAUUUGUUUUUGGAACAACAGGAAACAUCAAUAUUGUUUAUUGCAAUAACAGAAUCCAAUUGUCCAAGACUGCCAAAAGACUUUGGUAUCACUAUUCCUCUCUAUGAACCCGGUCUCGAGUUUUCACAGAUUCUCAUAGAUCUACGAACAGAAGAUUUUCUUGAAUGGGAAGUUGUGAACUUAAUUUUUGAUGACAGUAUAGAUUCUAAAUUAAUAGACAACAUCUUGGAAGCUCAAACAAAAUCCAUCCCACUUACCAGAAAGUCUGCUUCAGUUUCUUUAUAUAAAAUCAAUGGCACUGUUAAUAAAUGGAUAAGAAAAAAAGAAGUCCUAAAGGUGAUGAAACUUAUUCCGAGGACUGGAAUGUUUUUCAACUAUCUUGUUGUUGUUCAGUUUGAAUUAGUUCCAACAAUACUAGAAACUGCUAAAUCAAUUGGUUUGAUGGGUCCCCGAAAUCGCUGGUUGUUUGUAAGAUUAAAAACUGAUGAUUAUAAGACAAAUAAUGUCAAAAAUUACAUUCACCUAUUGGAGGAAGGAGAAAAUGUUGCAUUUCUGUAUAAUUUCACUAAUUCACAAUACUCUUGCAAUUAUAGUUUAUAUUGUCAAGCCAAUGAGUUAUUGGACCACCUCAUUAUUUCAUUGGAUAGAUCAAUGAGGGAAGAAAAGCUAUUAUCAGAGCAGGUUUCAGAAGAAGAAUGGGAUUUAAUUCGACCCACAAAAUCUCAAAGACGAAACUCAAUAAUCAAUUUUAUAAAGGGAAGGCAAAAGGAGAUCAGCUGGUGUGAUAACUGUACUUGGUGGAAAAUUAUUUCUUCAGAGACUUGGGGCUCAGAUUUUUUAGAACAAAAGGAACUUUUAGAAUCAGGAGAUUGGUCACCUCGCUCAGGACCAGUUCUGGUUGAUCAAAUUUUUCCAAACGUAGCCCAUGGCUUUAGAAGGAAAACAAUACCUAUAUUUACAUUUCAUAAUCCACCUUGGCAAAUAGUGAAAUACGAUCAGUAUGGUAAACCAUCUCAAGUGAAAGGAGUAAUAUUUGAAGUAAUAGAUCAUCUUGCCAAAAGCCUUAAUUUCACAUAUGAGAUAAUAUUAAUGUCAAAUACUUCAUUAACAGUAAACCAGACUAAAUCUUACAGAUUUAAUGAGAGUGUUGGAGAUGUAGUUUUGGAUCAGAGUACAGAAUUUUCGGCUUGGGAACAAGUAGUUCAGCUGAUUCAGAACAAAAAGGUGAUGAUUGGGGCUGCUGCUUUUACUGAAACUGAAACAAGGAAAAAAAUCCUAAAUUUCACACUGACAAUCAGAACCGAAAACUAUGCCUUCUUAGUUGCCAGGCCAAAAGAGUUGAGCAGAGCCCUUCUUUUCAUCCAGCCAUUUACUCCUGAUACUUGGCAGUGUAUUGUUGCAGCAGUAUUGAUAAUGACGCCAUUGCUGAACUUUGUACACAGGGUAAGUCCCUUUUACGAGCACUAUAGCCAAAGAGAGAAAGGUGGUUACAUGAAGAUGAUGAACUGUUUCUGGUACCUAUAUGGGGCUCUAUUACAGCAAGGUGGAGGUGUAAUGCCAGAAGCAAACAGUGGCAGGCUGGUAAUAGGUACUUGGUGGCUGGUUGUUCUUGUUUUAGUAACCACAUAUUCAGGCAACCUUGUAGCAUUUCUAACUUUUCCAAAAAUGGACAAAGUCAUCUCUAAUGUUGACCAGUUAAUGGAGAGACGGGGGGAAGUUACUUGGGGAAUGCCAGAAGAUUCAACACUACAUAUAACACUUAAGUCAACGGAUAAUGAUAAACUCAAUGAGCUGUCAGAAAGUGCACAGUUACAUGGUAGAAUAACACAAGAAAUUAUCAGCCAAAUUCGCAAAGGCGAGCAUGUCUAUAUCGAUCGAAAGUCUAUUUUGUUAUAUCUAAUGAAGCAAGAACUAAUCACUACAAACCGAUGCUCUCUGUCAAUAGGUGAAGAAGAAUUUUUGGCUGAACAAUUGGCUAUGGUAGUUUCUCCUUCAAGCCCAUACCUAGAACUCAUUAACAAACAAAUAUAUAAAAUGCAUCAAGUUGGACUGAUUGAUAAAUGGUUGACUGAUUAUUUACCAACAAAAGAUCGCUGCUGGAGUAAUACCUUGUCCUCAGAGAGUCAAACGCAUACGGUGAACUUGGAUGACAUGCAGGGUUCUUUUUUUCUUUUGUUCCUUGGGGUGGCAUUGGGUUUCAUUUUAAUAAUAGGAGAACUCAUAUUUAAAAAAUGGAAGAAGACUCAAGAGAAACAAGUAAUUCAUCCAUUUGUUACUUAAACAAAUAAAGUUGAUCAAUUCAUGAGAAGAGAAAAAUUAAUUAAUUAGAAGAAAAUGAUUUGACAUUUCAUGAUGAUCAAGAGUUUAGAAAAAGAGUUUCAUUAAUAGAAUGUUUUAAAAUAAAAUAAAAAUACAAAUAAAA